CGUGAGCUCUCCGGCCCAGGGGCAGCGGGGUUCUGCUGGAGCAUCCCCUUACUCUGGGGCUGCAGAGGGGGCCGGCACAGCCCCAGCCCCACUCCCCUCCUCCUUCUUCCUCCCUCCGGGGGCGGGGGGGACCCGGGCGGGCUGGGGCGGGGAGGGGAAGGAGGUGGGAUUAUGGAGACAGGACCCAAUGAGCCCGAAAAACGUGCCCCGGUCGCUGCCCUUUUAGUGCGGCUGGAGGGCGGCAGCAGCCUCCCGGGGGCUUACGGAGAGAGCCAGUAUCCCGUCCCGUCCGGUCCCGUCCCGUCCCCCGCCAUGGCUCUGGGGAAGCUGCAGAAGGUGCUGAUCAGCGACAGCCUGGACCCCUGCUGCAGGGAGAUCCUGCAGGCCGGCGGCCUCCGGGUGCUGGAGAAGCCCGGCCUGAGCAAGGACGAGCUGCUGCGGGAAAUCCGGGACUGCGAUGGGCUCAUUGUCCGCUCGGCCACCAAAGUCACGGCCGAUGUGCUGGAGGCGGCGGAGAGGCUGCAGGUGGUGGGCAGAGCGGGCACCGGUGUGGACAAUGUUGAUGUGGACGCGGCCACCAGGAAGGGUGUCCUGGUCAUGAACACACCCACUGGGAACAGCCUUAGUGCCGCCGAGCUCACCUGUGGGAUGAUUCUGUGCUUAGCCAGGCAGAUCCCACAGGCAGCUGCCUCCAUGAGGGAGGGCAAGUGGGACCGUAAGAAGUACAUGGGCAUGGAGCUGAACGGGAAGACACUGGGUGUGCUGGGGCUGGGGCGCAUCGGCAGGGAGGUAGCCACCCGCAUGCAGGCUUUUGGCAUGAAGACCAUAGGAUACGACCCCAUCAUCAGCCCCGAAGCCUCAGCUGCCUUUGGCGUGGAGCAGCUGCCACUGGAGCAGAUCUGGCCCCGCUGCGACUUCAUCACAGUGCACACACCACUGCUGCCCUCCACCACGGGGCUCCUGAAUGACAGCACCUUUGCCAAGUGCCGUCGCGGUGUGCAGGUGGUGAACUGCGCCCGCGGCGGCAUUGUGGAUGAGGGUGCCCUGCUGCGGGCGCUGCGGUCAGGACAGUGUGGUGGGGCUGCCCUUGAUGUCUUCACCCAGGAGCCCCCAAAGGACCGUGACCUGGUGAACCACCCCAACGUCAUCUGCUGCCCACACCUGGGAGCCAGCACGCACGAGGCACAGAGCCGCUGCGGCAAGGAGAUCGCCACGCAGAUCGUGGACAUGGCCACGGGGAAGGGGCUGGCUGGCAUAGUCAAUGGGCAGGCACUCAGCAAGGCUUUCGCGCCCCAGACCAAGCCCUGGAUUGCUCUGGCCAGAGCCCUGGGCACGGUGCUGCGCACAGUGGGCAAGGAAGUGCAGGGCAGUGUGCAGGUCUGCACUCUAGGGACACCCCUGCGGGAGUCUGGGAGCUACCUGACACCCGCCGUGGCUGCGGGCAUGCUGGCUGGAGGGUCACAGAAGGAGGUGACCCUGGUGAAUGCCCUGCUUCUGGCCCAGGAGACUGGGCUAAAGGUCACGACUACCCACAGCGACGUGGACCCCAAGCCCGAUAGCACUACUGGCUUGUUGCAGGUGUCCCUGCAGGGCACCCCACACCAGGCUACAGGGACCGUGCAGGGCAGCACCCCAGUGCUGCAGGAGCUCAGUGGGGCCACCUUCAAGCAGCCAGCCCCGCUGUGUGGCCCUGUCCUCAUCUACAGAGCUAACGCCUCUGAGCCCAGCGUGCUGCCCGUGCUCACCGGACUGCUGAGGAAGAUGGGGAUCCAGCUCCAGUCCUACCACAGCUCUGGCAUGGUGGCGGGGGAGCAGUGGAACAUCGUGGGGCUCUCAGCCCCCCUGUCUGACCUUGGCGGGCUGAAGCCACACGUCAUGGAGGUCUUCCAGCUCUACCUGUAGCCCCUGACCGUUGACAAGGACUGUCUCCACAGCCACAGCACCUAGACCACCCCAAUAGUGGAAGUAUCACACCUGGCCACCCCCAGGCCCUCACACUGGGCUUGGGGUGGCCUUGUGCUCAAUAAAGGGUCUAGGAAGAGA